GAAUCCUCAACUGGCUUUUGUCGGCUGGCUCCCCUCCCCCUCACUCCCUUCCUUCCCUCCUGCCGUCCGCCUCGCAGCAGCAGUAGAAGGAGUGAGGUACUUCAGUUUUUGAAGCCGUGGCAUGAAUGAUCUCAUCUGAACCAAAUCUCCGCUUUCUCUGCCGUCAAUCUUAUGACGGGAAGAGGGGAAUAAACUAAGGCAAACACAAGAACGACAUCAUGUUCACGAAGGGCACCAAGCGAAAGUUCUCGGACCCCGGAGAGGAGCCGGCUUCUAGUGGCGACCCGGGUCCGGCAGCUCCUUCUGCAGCAGCUAGAACUCUGUCGUCGUCCUACAGUCUGCAGCGGCAGUCGCUGCUCGACAUGUCGCUGAUCAAGCUUCAGCUCUGUCACAUGCUGGUGGAGCCCAACCUGUGCCGCUCGGUGCUCAUCGCUAACACGGUGCGGCAGAUCCAGGAGGAGAUGACCCAGGAUGGGACCUGGCACAUAAUGACCCAAGCCCUGGCAGCUGCCCAGUGCCCCGCCGACCGCCUAGUGGCCACUGAAGUUUUAUGCAGACAGACUGAUGCUGCAGCUCAGGCUGGGCAGAGCCCAAAGCCCUUUUCAGUGGUGGGUUUGCAGGAGGGGUACCACUCAGAGGAGGUGGUAAUGGAAGGUGAUGUGGAGACGGAGGUCACCAUGUCCUCUUUGUCACCGCUCUCGCCCCAGCUGUCCUCGGCUUCCUAUCUGACUGGUCCUUUUGAGGUGGGGCCCUGCUGGGAGGAGGAAGAUGAGGAGGAGGAGGAGGGUGACUGUGAGGAGAACGAAGAAGAGGACAGUGAGGGGUGUUUGUCAGACGGAGAGGAAAGAGAUCAGGACCAUCUUAAUGCAGACUCCAGGACAGGCGAGAAGGUUUUUGGGACUUUUGAGAUAAAGCACCCAGCAUCUCCUCCAGACCCCGCCCUAGAGGAGCUGUUUUCAGACGUGGACCCGUCCUACUACGACCUGGACACGGUGCUGACAGGCACCCCCAAAAUGGGGCCUUACGAUCUGCUGGAGAGCCUGUCGUCUCAUGGGCCCACAGCCUUGAGUUCCAGCUCCAGCUGCAGGUCCGACCUGAAUGAACUGGACCACAUCAUGGAGAUCAUUGUGGGCUCGUGAAACUCAACCUGUACUCCACCCACAGACUGGUUCCAGACUAUGCACAGAAUGCGUGCAUGUUUUUGGUGUUACACACAGAUUGUCUGGGGUUUUGGGGGCAAGGUGGGAAACUUUAGACCAGACUAGGAAGGUUUUCUUGUCUGAGCUGAAGAUAGUUUAAUGGAUUUGGUUGUCCACUUUCCUGCCUUGUUGAUAAAACCCAAAAACAUUGUCAUAUCUGUGACAUACAAAGAUUACUCCAUAAUGAAUUUUUAAUUUACAUCAUUUCCACGUUUGUCUUUAAACAUUCUGUCUACAUGACUCGUUCUGGUCUUAUUCUGCCUUUUAAGUCCGGUUUCUAUUUAUUGUUACAAGGACCAAGACACAGUUCACACACUACAUGCACCAGGAACAGAACAAAUUGUAAAUCCAAAUCUAUGAAUCAAUGCAUAUUUUCUUAGGGAUUUGAGCAAUUAUGAAUGAAAUAUAUGUAUAUGUACGUAUGUGUAUAUAGAAAUAUAUUUUUGCGUUAUAGUUAGGGGAAUUUUUUUUCCUUUGGCAAGUAUCAUUUGGUAUUUUUCCCUCCCCGUGGUUUUAAGGUUUUAUCGGAGCCAGACUUGAGGCGCUGAUGUCCGACGGUUUGGUGAGUCGACUGUGAAAGGUGUCGGCAUGGCGACACUCGAUAGGCGCUGUUCUUUCUCUAUUUUUUUGCAAAGCUUUACGCAGAGCAGGAAAAACAACUUCAUGUGGGUUAAGGUUUGUUCGGUUCUGAUGAGUUUCAGCUUCCACUCAGUAAAUCAAGUAUUUUUCCAGCUCUGCUUUUAUUCCAAUAAGAAGCAGCUUUUUCCUGAAGCAUCUGAAGAAACCCUGGGGUGAUAACUGCAUCAAGAAGCCAUAUUUCUUUCUGUAAGUUGUUGCUGCAAAUGUUUAACCAGUCUAAUUUAUUAUUUUAUUUAUUGUAUUUAUUUUAUCUAGGUACAAACAUGCCAUAUUGACCUACCGAUUCAACCAUGAAGUCUGGUGAAAUCAUAUUUAUCUAAAUUCUGCCCACGUUUUUGCCCUCCAUGACAUAAUUUAUUCCAAUUUUUUUAUCACUAUUAGUAAUAAUAACUGGGUAAUCUUCAAAUUACUAUGCAGCUCUGUCAUAUGUGUUUCUAUAUGACUGUAUUCAACUGAAAUGUCCUUAAAUUCUUUUAUGCAACAGUUGCCUUUCUCUUGAAUAUGUGGAAAAUGAAAUGCAUUUUUUCAAAAAUUCUUCUGUAUUGUGAUUAAAACAAGAACUCAGGCAAAUAAAAUCUAUUCCUUCAAACACAGUAUUACAACACGCUGAAAACCUUACACACACUCCUGAAGGAUGUCACUGUAGUCUGAAUGGGAGCUAGAAGUUCAAAGACUAAUGUUGAUGUAAAAUGUAUGCAUUUUUUAUAUUCAAAUACAUCGUAGCAUCUUUGUAAAUAUUUUUUAUAAUAAAAAUUGCAAUUA